GCCGAGAGGAUAAAACUACAAGUCAUAUCCCCAAAGAUGCUCAGCGUUACCAGAGACAGCUCCCCAGGAGACUCGGACUCGGCAUGCUCUGCCACGAAUCAGCAACCCGAUCGCCAGCGUCGCACCCGAGCCUCCAAGCCCAAGGUCCGCACCGGCUGCAUAACUUGCAAAAUCAGACGUGUAAAGUGCGACGAGGGCAAACCAGCCUGUGCACGAUGCACAUCUACCGGGCGGCACUGCGACGGCUACGACUCUACAGCGUCCCCCAGCCGGGGACUGACCAGCCCUGCGCGGGCCGAAGAGGCUCAGCGUGGCGCCGAGCAGGCUCGCCGCCAGUUCCUGCGCGAGUACUCUGGCAACGCCGCGCUGCAGGGCCUGCGGCCCAUCGUCGCCGACAUUGAGGGCUCCGAAAUGGAGCGCCGCUUCUUCCACCACUUCAGGUCCGCGGCCGCUGGCGGCUUCCAGGCCAGCACCUCGACCGCCGCGGGGCCCUUUUGGACCCGCGUGGCCCCCGAAAUGGCCCGCCGCGACGGUGCCGUCAAGCACGCCCUGAUCGCGCUUGGCGCGGCGUAUCGGCUGUUUCAGCAGUCCUCGGUUGAGGAGUAUUCGAUUUCGGCCGAGGGCGGCAUAGGAGUGGCACCAGGGAUUUCCAUAGAGUCACCACCGAGAGAAAACAAGAUAGGGGCGGAGAGUCCAGAAGAGCUGGAGCUGUUCACGAUUCAGCAGUACAACCACAGUAUCGCCCUCCUCCAAACGCACGCAUCGUCCAGCAGCCUGGAUAGCAUCCGCGUGACGCUCGUCUGCUGCCUUGCCUUCAUCUUCCUCGAGAUGCUCCGUUCCAAGGAGACGGCGGCGCUUACCCACCUGACUAACGGUCUUCGCAUCCUCGAGUCUCUGCCGCGCGAGGCCUUCGACUCCGUCACCGCCACCGGUCACCCCACCGGCUCCGACCCGCACAUGGACGACAUCAUCCGCAUGUUCUGCCGCCUCGAGUGCAGCGCCACCCUCUUCGCCGCCAACAUCCGCCCAUCCAUCGCCCUGCGGUCCUACCACCAGGCCCUGAGCAGUAGUAGCGGUGGCGGCGAAAACCCGAUAUCAAGCUGGCUCCCACCCGCGAGAUCGAUCAUUGACGUGCACGAGCGAUGCAACCGACACGCCUGCAACGUGAUUGCACGCAUCUACGAGACGAGAGAGCACUACGCCGAUGCCACCUUCUGGUCCGACCCGCAUCAGCGACGGCAGCAAGAGAUACUUUGCGCACGAUCCCGAUCCCUCCGCGAGGUCGUCCGGGCUUUUGUGGCUUCCGAUGCCGCCUCGGGCCUGGAGGCCGCCGAUGUGUACGCGCUCGAUCUCGACCUUCUCCACCUGCUCUGCAUGGACAUGUUUGCGCAGGCCAUGACGGGACUGCCGCGUGAUGACGACGACCAAGACUCCAAUACCGACCUGUCCAAAUACUCCAACGUCAACCCGAGGCUGAGGUCGCACCCUCGACACCAGUACGGUCUGGCGUCCGGCAGUGUUGCGUACAGAAGCGCCGCCGGGCCGAGCAACAGGUCGCAGGCGUUGCUGAAAGAGAUCCUUGGCGUCGCAGGCCGGCUCAUGGAGACCGCGGCCUCAAUCCGCCGGGGCCGGCAACGACAGGACCGCGACCAGGCUGUCGCGGGGUUCACCCACGAGGCCGGCGUGCUGCCCCCUCUGUACCUCGUGGCGACCAUCGCCGAGGACUCUGCGGUCCGCCAGGCGGCGCUCGACAUGCUAGAGGGGGCCAAGGUCCGCGAAGGGUUCUGGGACGGACCGUCUCUGUACCGUCUCGUACUCUGCGUUGGCGACAAGGUAGCCCAGGGCCGCUGGCCUUUCCACGUGGUGCCCAGUUCCCUUACGGGCUUGGGUGCCAUUCCAGACAUGUGGCGGCUGUUGGAAAGGAUGGAUUUGGAGGAGGAUGUGCAGUGAUGUGGAUGGUGUAAGACUAGACAUGUAGAGAUGUGAAUGAAGCCUGCCAAAUGUAUAAGAAUG